UAGAUGUUCGAACCCCUCCGCCCCGAAUGUACACACAUCAUACAUGACAUAUGACACACACAGCUGACAGAUUCCUUCACCUCCCUGUUGUUUAAUGACAGUGGUGAUCGUUUCACAAAUCUACAUAGUAGCAGUAGUAAUAAUUCAAUAUUAUCAAAGUUAAUAUCAGGCUGAUAAUCAAACAAAUAAAAUCAACCAUCAUCUCGUCUUAACCCUCAAGCAGAAUAAUCAUGGGUCUCUGUACGUCUUGCUGCAAACAAUCUUCCUCCUACGAAGAUUUAACGCCUGAUCCAGCAGUGCGUCGACAACAACAAGUAGAAGCGGCAGAAAAACGAAUUGCUGAACAAGAGCGCAGAGGCAUAGGAAACAUUGAUUCAGUGAAAAGACAACAACAAAGAACUGAGGAAAUUGCUAAGCGUCAGGCAGAAGCUGGUAACGUUGAUCAACAGACUGGACUAAAGUGGCAAAUGAAUUGAUAUGUAAACCACCUUUUCAACACCAUCCUGGAGGAUGUGUGUGCCUUGGCGUUAGAGGUGCUGAAUUUUUACUGCACGUCUGAAAAACUAUUUUAUUGUGAUAUAUUACAUAUAAAUGUUUACAUACGCAUAUUAUACACUAUGCCCAUUUAUUUGAAAUGGUUCAAUUGAUUAUUAUCCAAUUGCCUUACACAGUAUUUGUAGCGUAUUUCUCUUUCCAAAUUGUACAUAUUUAAUAAGUCUGUCUAUAAAGAGUUGCAAUUACAAUUCAAAGUAUGAGGGAAACAAUUAGAAUUAAAGUUCAAUGUCUACAAUAUGUUUAUUACAAAUUGUAAUCCUUUUAUUCAACUAAUAUACAUGCCAUAUGAUAUUCUACUUGUAA